AUGGCAGAUGAGCCGCUGUCCGACGACAAGCCUUCACUGGAGUUGGAUCGAGAUGACAUCCAGCGAUUGAAGGAAGUCAUGCGUCCAGAUCCUGAUUGGAUCUCGUUCUCAUCCACAGAGGCGCGCUGGAUCAAUUUCAACCCCCAGAUGCGCGCUGUUUUCGGGAGAAGCAGGAGCUGUCGGUGUGAUGAAACUGCGGUAAAUGCAUGGAUCGAUGAGGCGAUGAGCGUGCUCUUUCAUUGGAUAUCAAAGCAGAUCAUCGCGACCGAUGCAAGGGCUGCGCUCUUCCGCUCUCUCGGGCGCGGCUGGAUUUGGAUACAACUUUCCUCUUCCGGCGGCAGGGAAGACAAGAGCAAGUUACCGGAGGAGCAAAGAACACGCUUCAAGUGGUGGUUUGAAAAUCUGAGCCGUGUUUUGCGGAACCGGCAGCACGACAUCGACAAACUGAAGCUGAAGGGUGAUAUGCUCAAAAAGUACACCACCGGUUACAUGCCCAUGUCGGAACUAGUUUUUCUGAUCUACGGCAUUGCACCUGCCAUGCCCAUCAUCGGCAUUCAGAAGUGGUCACCGCACUACAAGGAAGUCGACAGAUGGGCUCGAGACGACCUCGUCAGGAAAGCAGUCGAGAAGCCAAUCGCAUCAGAGGCGGAAAGGCAGGAGUAUGCGGCGCACGUUGAGCAGCAAAAGACCCGAAAGCAGCGACAGAGAGCGAAGCAGAAAAUGAAGAAACAGCAGCUGCAAGACGAGGACCUGCUUCAAGAUUCCAGCCCCAAGCUCCCUGGACCAGCUCGCAUGGAGCAGUCCAACACCGAGUUCGAAAGCUUGCUGGCUUCGCUGAAGAGGGAGGCUGGCCUGGCACCCGAUGACUUUUCACCCGACGACGGGUCACCCAUCGACUUGUCGCCGGGUGCAGAGAAUCUUUUGGAGGAUGCCGGCUAUGCCGCCAUCUCCGCCCAUGCCAAGGAGGCCAAGGCCGUCAAGGCCAAGAAGGCCGAAAAGGCUGGGGUCAAGGAGAAGCGCGAGGACGCCAAGGAUGCAGAUGACGACGAAUUCCUGGACUGUCUGAGUGACGACGGCCAGUUUCGCCCACGUGAUGUCGUCGCUGCUUGGGUCUGUGCAGCUGAGAAGCCGUCUUGGAACAAGGGACAUGGGAGGGAAGCCAAGCAUCCUUCCUGGCUGCUGUGCCGUCAAGUCCCCAUGGCAGCAAUGACCUCAGUCCUUCCUUCGGCAUCCAAUACGGCUCGCAGUCAGGAAGGCAAAACUGCGAAGCUGCAGGCUUGCCGCUUGCGUCUGCCGCAAUUCGAAUGGUAUCUUGGACCGAUGUAUCGGAGGUAUGCAGAGAUCAUGGCUGAACGCGAACGUGCCAACAUGACGCAGUUCGUAAAGAAGAAGGUGACACCGACGGUGCCGGACGAACCCGCCUACAUCAAACACAUUACCUCCCGCACACCGGUCUAUGCAUUCAAUGAAGCCGUCCACGACCGACCUCUUACCGACAUGGGCAAGGCCUACGUCACAAUGAUGCCAGCCCGACGGAAGGAGCAGGCCAAAAAUGCAACCGACCCGAAGUCGGCAACCCGCUAA